GGCCCAGAAUUUGAUACCCUACUCAAGCCUUUGUGGGCUUACCCUAGGGUAUCCAUCACUUUGUUAUCUAGAAAAUUAGUAACGGUAACCAAUCAACGUAGAUCUUAUUCUAACAUAAAAAAAUUCAUAAUGGAGCAAAUAGAACACCCCGAAGUGAUAAUUGACUCUUUACCAUACAUUGAUCAAGAGAUUGAUUAUGAAGGAAUGCGAGCAAAAGUUGAUAAACUUGUUGAACAAGAAAUGAAAAAACGUCCAUCUCAUUCAAAGAAAGAUUAUGCAUCACAUUUUCCUUUUAAUUUCGAAUUGUUCAAGGAAUCAUCUAUACUUGCGACAGAAUAUCAACGUGUUCAGCAAGGAAAAGCAAUGGUUGAAAUGGACACGAGUAGAUAUAAAUUAAUAGAACCUGAAGAUAAAGAAGAUGAAGAAGCAUGGAAGAAAGCAAUUGAUAAUUCUAAUGCUCAAUUACAACAUCAAAAUCUUCGAUUUUUUAAUCUAGAAUUACUUCAAAAAUUUGGGGCAAAUGCGUGGAAGCUUCAUAAUUUUCAAUUAGAACAUCAAUUACAACAACUUCAGAGGCUUUUAGAAGAAUAUCGACAAAAUAUUUUAGAGUUGAACAAACAGAGAAAAUCAUCACAGGUUCAAGCAGGGAGUCAAAUCGAAGCAUUAGAAAAUAAAUGGACAGAGUUAAUUGGUCAAACACUUCAAUUAGAAGUAGCAUGUGCUUCAUUAGAAAGUGAAAUACAACAAUUGAAAUUGUAUGAACAACAACUGAUAGCAGGAACGAUAACUAAAGAUAAUUCAGUAGAGAAAAAUGAAGAACAAACCGAGGAAGAAUCAAAAGAAGACACUGAUCAAUAA